AUGUGUAAAAGUUUCUUAGUUAAAACUAUUGACGGUCCUAAUUCAGCUGUACCGUACGUACUGCAAGGAGAAGGUAACAUUUCUACCGGUACUGUACCGUACGCUCUGCAAACUAAACAGAAGGAGAAGUUUGACAUGUACGGUGGAGUUCCCUCGGUUGUACUGUACGGGGUAGUUGCACAACCUAUACCUUAUGGUGCCGAUGCGCAAACUUCAUCUCAAGAAGGUAAAGUUGAACUCGGAUCCGACUAUCAGAACCCUGGAGCACCAGGAGGACCUCCACAAUCUUUCCAACUUUGUUUUGGGUUGAGAAUACUUGUGGGACUUUUGGGACAUCCACUGUGUACACCUAACUUAUUCGGAUAACCUGCUAUGUACACCUAACUUAUUCGGAUAACCCGCUGUACACCUAACUUAUUCGAAUACCCCGCUAUGUACACCUAACUUAUUCGAAUACCCCGCUUUGUACACCUAACUUAUUCGAAUACCCCGCUUUGUACACCUAACUUAUUCGGAUAACCCGAUAUGCACACUUAACUUAGUUGGAUAACUUACUAUGUACACCUAACUUAUUCGGCUAACCUGCUAUGUACACUUAACUUAUUAGGCUAACCCGCUAUGUACACUUAACUUAUUAGGCUAACCUGCUAUGUACACCUAACUUAUUCGGAUAACCUGCUAUGUGCACUUAACUUAUUCGGCUAACCCGCUAUGUCCACUUAAUUUAUUAGGCUAACCCGCUAUGUACACCUAACUUAUUAAAUAUUAGGAUAGCCCCGCUAUGUACAACUAACUUAUUAAAUAUUAGACUAACCCGCUUUAA